AUGUUUCAAAACACCUCGCUAGUACUGGUGCUCCUGGCUGUAUUCGCCACCGCGACGCACGCGCAGCUGGUCGGCGAGAGCUGCGCGCCGGCGGCAUGCGGCAACCUGACCAUCAAGUACCCGUUCUGGCUGCGCGGCCGGCAGCCUGCCUACUGCGGCCACCCUACCUUCGCCGUCACCUGCGACGACGACGACGACCCCACCGGCGCGACCGCGUCGCCGCCGCCCAGCCUGAACGGCUCCUACCUCCGCGUCCUCGCCAUCCACUACGGCAACAGCUCCGUCGUGGCCUUCCAUGCCAACCUGGUCGAGAGCUCCGCCUGCCGCGCCACCCGGUUCAACAUGUCCAGCAGCCUCGCGCUCUCGCUGCUCGCCGUCAGCCGCGCCAACGCGGGCCUCCUCUUCUCCGCGAACUGCUCGCGGACGCCGCCGACGGGGUCGCUCCCGGUGAACUGCACCGGUUUCAGCGGCGGCGGCGAGUGGUUCCUGUCCCUGAAUCGGAUGUACGAUCCCGGCGGCCCCGCGCGGGCGGUGGACACGGUGGGUUGCCAGUACUCGGUGGUGCCCGUGCUGCCAUGGUCGGAGCUGAGAUCGGCGCGUGACUACGCGGGGCUCGUGAGGCGCGGAUUUCUGCUCGAGUGGACGUCGGUGCCGGUCGACUGCGCGGCGUGCAACGCCAGCGGCGGGGAGUGCCGCUACGACGCCGGCGCCAUGGGGUUCGGGUGCUCCUGCCCCGGCGGCCGCCUGCAGCCGGCGACAUGCGGUGAGUGA